AUGAUAGAAAUCACCUUAUCAAUAGAUACGGUAAAACAAACUAAAUACCAAAUUUCGACAGAAUGAAAGGAGUAACCACUCGUGCACAAAUACCCUUUCCAAAUAUAGACUUUUAGACAAUUCGAUUGUAAGAUUAUUUAUGAAGACUGACAAAUUAUUUGCAAUGGAAUAUGCAACUGUAAUAGAUCAAGCUGUGAAACAGUUUUACGCAGAAGGAAACAACGACGUUCAUUCAUGGUUGCUGAGAGUUCAGUCCUCUCCGGAGGCCUGGACUUUUGUUUGGGAACUUCUUGGUCCUUCGAAAUCGAGAGAAGCACAGUUUUAUGCAGCUACUACAUUACAUGCCAAAAUCUCCAAACAAUGGGAUGAAGUGCCCAAGAGUGAGUAUCCUGCUCUGCAGGAGCGCUUAAUAAACUUUAUAAAGCAGCCAAACAUGCCAAAGGUUGUUCUCUCUAAACUUUGUCAAGCGUUAGCUGGAUUUGUAGCAAAUAUUAGUGCGGUUACAGAAAACGAUGACGAGGAUAAAAAUGUCGUAGAUGAAUUGAUGCGGAUGUUAUCUUAUGAUUCUCUUCCUAUGUUGGAGCUGUUGUUACGUACGCUUUCUGUAUUACCUGGGGAGUUUGAAAGGAGACGUGAAAUGAGGAGAGCUAAGUUACACGAGUGUCUAAUAAAGGGCUGGUAUAAGACAACUUGGCUCUUACAACAAGUUUUUUCUGUGUGCAAUCCAAAUUCUCAAGACAUUGAUAAUGACAUACACUUACUAGCCAUGGAAUGUGCAUUAUCCUGGCUUAAAGUUGGUCAGCUUCCUCUCGAUGCAACAGGCCAGAUAUAUUCCCAUUUAUUAGCAGCUGCAGCAUAUUAUGCGCCAAGCAGGAAAGGGCGCGACGAAGAAAAUGUCAGAGGUUGGGAAGUAGUUCAAGAAUGCUUGAAUAUAAUAGUAACUCAUAGUGAACUUAUAAAGAGACCACAAACAUUGUGGGAAUGGACAAAUAAUUUGGUAACAAUGGCAAGACAAUACAGUGAUAAAUAUUUUUGUGAAGUUUUAACUGCAAUCGGAGAGGCUCACAGUAGAACAUUUUUAAAUACUUUAGUGGAAGAAGGGAACGAAACUCAGAAAUGGACAGUCGAAAGUUUAAUUGAAUUACUUUUACAAUGUUCCGAACAAGAGGGAAGAUAUCCUACGGAUGAAACUCGCAGUUCCAUCCCAUUUGGAUUUUGGUACGCCUUGCAGGACUAUCUUCCCACACUUGAUCAACCUUACGAAAGUCGUGCUGUACUGAUUUUGAAGCCUGUUUAUGCAAGAUUAGCUCAAGCAUUAUUAAGAAAGUCAACGCUUCCUUCGUCUGCUAGCGAAACAGGGGAUGCAGAUGAACGGGAGCUUUUCAGGUGUUACAGACAAGAUGUAGCAGAUGCUUUAGAUUAUUGUUAUAGAGUUUUAGGGCAGGAUUUGUUAGUGCUUCUUGGACAGAGAUUGAGUCAGACCUUAGACAGUUCACAAAAGUGGACGGAGGUAGAAUCGACGUUGCACGCUUUUGAAGCUCUAGCAGACAGUGUUGGUAUUGAGGAAUCCCACUACAUUCCUGCUUUAAUGGAUUUGGUUCUUAGUCAUAUCCCAUACGACCACUAUCCUGGAGAGGUACUCGCAUGUGCGUGUUCGGUAGUAGGAGCAUAUGCCGAAUGGAUCGGGGAACAUCCAGAUCCUUGGUUAGAAAGAGUGCUUCGAAUUGUAACUUUAGGGUUAACAAGAGGCUCAGUGACAGCACCUUUUGCUACUAUGGCCUUGAAAGACUUAGCCCGAGAAUGUGAACAACAACUCACACCCUUUGCUCCAUCUAUUCUCAACACUAUCGAACAGACUCUUCCAAACGUUACUCCGGGAUGUGCAGAAGGUUUGCGAUUGAUGUAUGCAGCUGGCAAAUUGCUCAAUACUUUGCCCUCUGUUGAUGAACAAUUGGCUCAUCUGGACGCUACACUAGGCUUAUGUAUAAUAAAAAUACGAGAAUUAUUAGAACAACCUUGGUUUCUGGCUCGUGGUGCAGUGAUGAACCAGUUAAAAAUGGCCACAAUGUUUUUUUCUACAUUAGAAGGAUCUAUUGGAAAAGCUGUAUUGGAUGGUUUAUUACCGAUAUUUAGUCAAAUUGUUGCCCAUCCCGAGUGGGGUCAGGACAAUUUCACAUUAGAGGAAAUGUACAUUUGCGCUCAGAAGUCUCUAACGUCAUUACUUCAUCCUGAAGAAGAUGCCCGACCUCUGCUUCCCAUUUUAGCGAACUCGUACAAAACCUGGCCUCAUCCUGCGGCCUUAAAUCUUCUUCGACAGCUCGUUUUAUUAUUUGGACGCGAUCCAAACAACGUGAUAGGUCCUGUUUUCGCGGACAUAAGUUCUAUCACUCUGAGUGGCAUCAGAGCGUGUAGAUCUGUAAAUGGAAACUUAUCCGAUUGGGCAGAAUUAAUGGAAGCGUAUCUUGGAUUGUUGGCUCAAAUUUGUAAAAAAAAUACCAGAAUGUUAUUACAAAUCCCUGACCAAAUUCCUGAAAUGUUGCAGUGCGGAAUCGACUGCUUGGUGUUACCAGAAUCGGCCACAGUCAGGGCGGCUGGACAUUUCCUUACACAUGCUAUUAUGCAGAGUCCACACCUACAGACGUUCGUUCAACCAAUUGGACAACACUUAGUUUGCGUAAUUUUACAGUGUGUGGGAGGGGAAGUACCACGGAGUAAUUUGGAACCUCAUGCGGAAGUUUUGUUGACGUUAAAUAAAACGUGCAUAGAAUGGACAGCACAAUGGCUUCGUGUUGCCUUCGAGAAACAUGGUGCCUUAUUCAAAAUUUCGCAAGCCCAAAAGGAAAAUUUUAUUAGAAAUGUGCUGCGAGAACGAACGAACAAACGGAUGUGCGAUUUAUUGCAAGACUUUAGCCUACAAAAUUUAUCCUUGGUAACUAAUUGGAAUUUAAUACCGCGCAAGCAAUAA